AUGUCAUUUCAUUCUGACAAGUGAUAAUAAAAGCCAGCGCCGUUGAGUAAAAAUAUUCCUUUUUCAGAUCUGAUAUAUUUUAUUAUUUUCGGAGUGCAAUUUGUUUUAAACAAUUUGAAAUUGUGGUCGGAAAAUGCUAUCUCGUUUACUUCGGCACCGCACAUUUACUCGCAGCGUUGGUAGCUUAGUGGCGCAAGAGCAGCAUGCAAAACUUUAUCUAACACGUUCCAAUUGGCGAUAUGCAGCGCUACAGCGACGCUUCGACGCCAGCAGCGGCGCGUUGGUACUCCAAACGAUGACUAUUAACUCGCGUAAAUAUUGCACAAAUCGAAAAAAAGAUGAAGAGGAGGAUUUGGAAGUAGAAACAUCGGAGUACAUUGUAAAUAAGGGCCCUCAGUUACCGGCGACCGUGGCAGUGCCGGAAGUGUGGCCGCAUUUGCCGCUGCUGGCAACACGUCGUAAUCCAGUCUUUCCGCGAUUUAUGAAAAUUCUAGAAGUUUCGAAUCCAAUGGUAAUUGAUUUGAUAAGACGUAAGGUAAAGUUAAAUCAACCGUAUGUGGGUGUAUUCAUGAAAAAGGACAAUGAAAAUGAAGCGGAAAUUGUUGAAAAACUGGAUGAUGUGUACAGUGUUGGUACAUUUGCGCAAAUACAGGAACUUCAAGAUUUGGGCGAUAAAUUGCGUAUGGUCGUUGUGGCUCAUAGACGCGUUAAAAUAACUGGACAGCUUUUAGAGGACCUCGUGCCUACACCGAAAGAGAAGAAGACGACAAUACAUUUUCCACUCUUUAAUGUAAAAUUGAACAUCCCAGCUGAAGAACAACAAAACGAAUUGGAACGACGUAAAUUGGCGCGCAAAGUGCGCUCGAGUCGUAUAUCCAAACGCGAUGUUAGUCAAGGUGCUAAGGUGCCCCCUGAGAAAAUAGAAGAAGUAGCACAACCAGCUGGCAUUGCUGUACCACCUUCAGCGGGAACAUCGCAAGUGCCACCAACAACUGGAACCCUCCCACAACCUGUGCUCAUGGUUGAAGUGGAAAAUGUUAAGCAUGAACAGUACAAACAGACCGAGGAGGUUAAGGCACUCACUCAGGAAGUGAUAAAAACCAUCAGGGAUAUUAUAACAAUGAAUCCUUUGUACAGAGAGAGUUUGCAGCAAAUGUUGCAUCAAAAUCAACGUGUUGUCGAUAAUCCAGUUUACCUGUGUGACUUAGGUGCAUCGCUGUCCGCUGCAGAGCCUGAGGAACUGCAAAAGAUAAUGGAGGAAAUGGAUAUACCUAAGCGCUUAUUGCUUGCCUUGGCUUUGCUAAAAAAAGAGCUGGAACUUUCCAAAUUGCAACAGAAAAUUGGUCGUGAAGUUGAGGAAAAGGUAAAGCAACAGCAUCGCAAAUAUAUACUCCAAGAACAGCUGAAAGUAAUCAAAAAAGAAUUGGGCAUAGAAAAAGAUGACAAGGAUGCCAUUGGCGAGAAAUACCGCGAAAAGUUAAAAGACAAAACAGUUCCCGAAAAUGUCAUGACUGUCAUUGAUGAGGAAUUGAAUAAGCUGAACUUCUUGGAAAGCCACAGCUCAGAAUUCAAUGUUACGCGUAACUAUUUGGAUUGGUUAACUUCGCUUCCAUGGGGCGUUACGAGUACGGAAAAUUUAAGUCUGGAACAAGCGCAGGACAUCCUAGAUCAUGAUCAUUACGGUAUGGAAGAUAUCAAAAAACGUAUUUUGGAAUUCAUCGCAGUAAGCCACUUGAAAGGCAGCACUCAGGGAAAAAUUCUUUGUUUCCAUGGUCCACCGGGUGUGGGAAAAACAAGUAUUGCUCGCUCCAUUGCACGCGCCUUAAAUCGUGAAUAUUUCCGAUUCAGUGUUGGCGGGAUGACUGACGUGGCAGAAAUCAAAGGUCAUCGGCGUACUUAUGUAGGCGCAAUGCCCGGUAAACUGAUACAGUGCUUAAAGAAAACUAAGACUGAAAAUCCGUUGGUUCUGAUCGAUGAAGUCGAUAAAAUUGGCAAGGGCUACCAAGGUGAUCCCAGUUCCGCAUUACUUGAGCUCCUUGAUCCCGAACAAAACGCAAAUUUCCUCGAUCAUUACCUAGAUGUACCCGUGGAUUUAUCUCACGUGCUCUUCAUUUGCACAGCAAACGUUAUCGAUACCAUACCAGAACCCUUGCGUGAUCGUAUGGAGUUGAUUGAGAUGUCCGGUUAUGUCGCAGAAGAAAAAAUGGCUAUUGCACGCCAGUAUCUGAUACCACAGGCGAUGCGUGACUGUGGCAUAACAGGCGAUCAUAUAACUAUUAAUGAUGAGGCGUUAACAACGCUCAUUAAAAGCUAUUGCCGGGAAUCGGGUGUAAGAAAUCUCCAAAAGCAUAUUGAGAAGAUUGUUCGCAAAGUAGCCUAUCGCUUUGUGAAAAAGGAAGGCAACCAUUUCCCAAUUACGGCUGACAAUCUGACUACGUUCCUUGGGAAACAUAUAUUCUCAUCGGAUCGCAUGUACAAAGAUACACCUCCCGGCGUGGUAAUGGGUCUGGCGUGGACCGCAAUGGGCGGCUCAUCGCUCUACAUUGAAACAGCUCCACGUAAAACAGGCAAACUCACAAAGGACGAUGAUGUUAGUGGUUCAAUACAUCUCACUGGAAAUCUUGGAACUGUUAUGAAGGAAUCUGCACAAAUCGCAUUGACAGUGGCGCGAAAUUACCUGCGUGAUGUUAAGUCUGAAAAUACUUUCUUGGAGAAAGGGCACAUUCAUCUACACGUUCCAGAAGGCUCUACACCUAAAGAUGGACCUAGUGCUGGUGUAACCAUUGUAACGGCGUUGAUAUCUUUAGCAACGGAUCGUCCAGUACGUCAAAAUUUAGCCAUGACUGGUGAGGUGUCCCUUAAAGGACGAGUGUUGCCCGUUGGCGGCAUUAAAGAGAAAACUAUUGCUGCAAAACGCUCAGGCAUUACUUGCAUAAUAUUACCUGAGGAAAAUAAAAAAGAUUUCGCUGAGCUACCUUCCUACAUUACCGAUGGUAUUGAAGUGCAUUUUGCUACCAGCUACGAGGACGUAUAUAAAAUCGCUUUUCCCAAUUAGUCUUCGGGAAGAAAGCGUUCUCAGAAACAAAACCAAAAUUGCGAAUUAAACGAUAAGUUAAUGCUAAGCAUUAUACGAAUACACCAUUACUCGUAUCUCUAUUUUUAAAUUGUAAUUGUUUUAAAAAUAUACAUUCAUAAUAAUGUUA